UUUCACAACAUCAUAAAUUCAACCUUUUCAGAAAAACAAAGCAGCACACUACAAAACAAACAUUGAGACACAAACUCUCCCUGUUCUUCUGCUUCCUCAGUCCCUCUCUCUGUGACAGAAUCCCCCACUAAAAUCUCCUCCCAUUACUGCAUCUCAAACUCAGCCUCAUUCCAAUUUCACACCAGAAAAAUGCUAACCCUCUUGUUCUCCUUGUUCUGUUUCCUCUUCUCCUCCAAAACUUUUGUACCAUCCACCACCAUAACCACCGCCACCACCACCAAAAUCACCACCAGAAGAAUCCUCCAUGAACCCUUUAUGCCAUUGAACACCCAACCUCCAUCUGAACCACCAAAACCACCACCACAUCACCCUAACUCCCCUUCAACCCAAAUCCCCAAACACCCAUUUUCCACCACCACCCCAGCCUCCACCACCACCCCAACCACAACAAAUGACAACCAAGACCAGUCCCCAUUUUUCCCAAAUUACCCUUCUACCCCUACCCCUCCCCCUCCUUCUCCCAUCACCUUUGCUUCCUUCCCAGCCAACAUCUCCUCUCUUGUCAUCCCUCACUCUUCCCAACCCACCACCUCUUCCAACAAACACCUCCCCGUCGCCCUCUCCGUCACCGCCUGCGCCGCCGUCGCUGUCGCCGUCGUCGCCUUCAUCUACUACCGCCGGCGCGUCCGAAACCGCCGCGACGCCGCCGACAGCAAGGCCUUCAGCUCCGACAGCAGCUUCGGACUGUUCCCGCACAAUGCCGACAUUGGAGCCCGCAGCUCCGAGUUCCUCUACCUCGGCACCGUCGUGAACUCGCGUGGAAUCGACGACGCUCCACGUGGCGGCGGCAUGGCUGAGACCCGGAGAAUGGAGUCGCCGGAGCUCCGGCCUCUUCCGCCGCUUGCACGUCUCCCUGCGCCUCCGUUGCCUGCCCAUAGUGACGCGGGUUCGGAGGAGGAAGACGAAGAGUUUUACUCGCCAAGAGGGUCAUCCUUGGGUGGCCGUGAGAGCUCCAUCGGAACAGAAUCAGGUUCCCGGCGAGUGUUCUCCGCCGUUUCCGGCGAGAAUUUCGCCGGCAGAACCUCCAGCUCGCGCUCCUCUUCCUCCUCUGUUUCUCCAGAACAGUCUCAUUCCAUCACCCUCUCGCCGCCGGCGAGUUUUAGUCCCCGGAGAAGACAAUCAAAGUCACCGGAAACCACCCCACCCCACAAUGCAGAACUAGUCUCAUCAUCAACUCACAACCAGAACGUUCAAUCCUCUUCAUGUUCUUGCUCUUCUUCGUUUUCUUCAUCACACUCAACGCCAGAGAGAGAUUCUGUAGAAGAAGAUACUCACUCUCCUUCAAUCUCUCAACAUUCCUCAUCACCUAACAAAAUUCUGGAGAAAAAUCCAAAUGGGUCAUCAGAAGAGAAGAUUCUGGAGAGUAAUGAAGAUCCAUCACUAUCACUGAAGUUUCAUUCAGAACAAGAACUACUAAGGCUAUCUAAUGCUUCUAGUGAAAGUGGAAACUCUGUGUCUUCAUCUUCAGCUUUUUCUCUACCUUCUUCGCCGGAGAAGAUGGUGCACCAUCACAGUUUUGAUCAGUCUCCGAGAAUAUCAAGUGUCUCUGACAGGUUAAAGCUACCGGGGUUGUCAUCACUGCCUCUGUCACCCACCCUGCUUUCAUCACCGGAAACUGAAAGAGGUUUCAUUGGAUUUUUCAAUGCUGUGCCUCAGAGGAAACAAUGGGAAAUUCCUGUGUUGUCAACUGCAUCUGUUGACAAUGUUGUGGAUCAAACUGCAGGGUUUCCGGUUCCUCCACAGAGGAAACAAUGGGAGGUUCCAAUUCUUUCAACCCGGGUUGCUCCAUUACAUCCACUGCCGCCACCACCGCCUCCUCCUCCGCUGCAGCAGCAGCGGAGACAGUGGGAAACCCCACCUCCCUUGAAGGCUGUUGGGGAACCCAUUUGGGGACCGCCGGAGUUAAUGCCUCCUUCCAGGCCUUUUGUGUUGAAAAAACCAGCAACCAAUGUUUCUCCUGUUGAGUUGCCAUUGCCACAGAGUUUGAGAGAAGCUGAAGAGCCCUUGAAACCCAGGUUGAAGGCCCUGCAUUGGGACAAAGUGAGAACAAGCUCUAGUCGCGAAAUGGCGUGGGAUCAGCUGAAGUCGAGCUCGUUUAGAUUGAAUGAGGAAAUGAUUGAAACAUUGUUUGUCAACACAACAAACCAGAAACCCAAGGCUGCUACUCCACGCUCUGUUCUUCCCCCACAAAAUCAAGAGGACAGAGUACUUGAUCCUAAAAAGUCUCAAAAUAUUGCGAUCAUGCUCAAAGCUCUUAAUGUCUCUACAGAAGAAGUGUGUGAAGCACUUUUAGAAGGUAAAACUGAUACACUCGGAGCAGAACUACUUGAAAGCUUGUUAAAAAUGGCACCAAGCAAGGAAGAAGAGCGUAAACUGAAGGAACAUAAAGACGACUCAUCAAUCAAACUUGGUCUGGCUGAGAAAUUUUUGAAGGCUGUUCUUGAAGUACCUUUCGCAUUUAAAAGAGUUGCAGCAAUGCUUUACAUGGUCAAUUUUGAGUCUGAAGUGGAGUAUCUUAGGAAAUCAUUUCGAACUCUAGAGGCUGCGUGUGAAGAGUUGCGAAAUUGUAGAAUGUUCUUGAAGCUUCUACAGGCUGUACUUAAAACUGGGAACCGCAUGAAUGUGGGGACAAACCGCGGCGAUGCAAAGGCCUUCAAACUUGAUACACUUCUCAAGCUGGCUGAUGUCAAAGGGGCAGAUGGGAAAACCACUCUACUGCAUUUUGUUGUGCAGGAAAUUAUUCGAACUGAAGGUGCUCGUAGUCUCUCUGGUACUAAUCAAACUCCAAGCUCUACUUUGAGUGAAGACAAAGACGCAAGGUGCAGGAAGCUUGGCCUACAAGUUGUAUCUAGUCUGAGCACAGAUCUAUCAAAUGUGAAGAAGGCUGCUACAAUGGAUUCUGAAGUUCUCAGCAGCGAUGUCCUUAAACUUUCCAAAGGAAUUGCGAACACUGCAGAGGUUGUUCAGUUAAACCAAACUGUGGCGGGAUCAGAUGAAAGGACUCAGAAAUUUGCUGCAUUCUUGAACAAUUUUAUUAGAAUGGCUAAGGAGGAAACUCUGAAGAUUCAAGCCCAAGAAAAUGUUGCUUUGUCCCUUGUGAAGGAGAUUACUGAGUAUUUUCAUGGGGACUUGGCAAAGGAAGAAGCUCAUCCAUUCAGAAUCUUCAUGGUUGUAAGAGACUUUUUAGCGGUUCUUGACCGGGUCUGCAAAGAAGUUGGGAUCAUAAAUGAGAGAACCAUGGUUAGUUCAGCUCAUACAUUUCCUGUUCCAGUUAAUCAAAUGCUUCCAGAACCCCUUCCUGGAUUGCAUAAAAGGCAAGAGUGUAAUAACUAAUAACUCUUCAGAUGAUGAAUGUUCAUCACCCUAGCCAUAUAAGUGAAUUCUUGACUGCAUCUUCUCCUAAGAACAACCUGGGAUCAGGUGAUUUUGAGACUGGUAGGAACCUACAUGGUCUGGCAAAAAAUCUUUGUAAAAGGUUUCAGGCUUUCAGCUUAUGUAGAUUAUUAUUAUAUAGAUAAAAAGAUACAAGAUUUUUUUCGGAAGAAAAUAGUAUAUGUAAGAUAAGGUUUUUAUAGUAGCAUGUAAAUAGCUUUUUUAAUUAGAGAGAAGUUUUUCUAGCAA